CUCACACUCACUCAUUCCCGUCUACCACCCCAACAUGGACUACGUAUGAUGUUUAUAGCGCCUCAUCAUCCUCAAAACAACAGAGAAAUGUUUGUUCUCCGAAGCGCCCUCUUGUGCCUGCGCUGUCCCAUGGCUUGUCUGCUUUUGUGAACGACAGCCAGGCGGAGGAGACAGUCGUACGGUAGGGCUGCCCGAGGUGCUAGCCUUUAGCCAGCCACAUCCAACAAGCAGCCGCCUGAAUGUCGAUCCGCAUGGGCUACUCCUGCUUAAACUCCGAAUAAACCAGCGGAACUGUAAGACACGGAUCCCAGGAUGGUGUUAGUGCAUGUCGGAUAUCUGGUUCUUCCCGUAUUCGGCUCAGUAAGAAAUAGAGGAUCCCAUUUCAGCCGGCAACAGCAGCAGCAGCAGCACAGCCAUGCUACCUCUUGCCGGCACUUCCAGUUAGGCCCUCAGGCCCCGUUGCCCAUGGACUUCCCCAUGCCCCACCCCGGGCAGCCCCAGUCGGGCAUUAACCCUCACCUGGCUCCCCCGGGUCACCAGCAUGGCCCUCCACUGCACCCCCCUCUUAAUCCCAUGCCCGCGCCACAGUUCCAGGACCUCCCUGCCCCCCCCUUCCUACCUCAGGCAUUACACCAGCAAUACCUCCUGCAGCAGCAGCUCCUGGAGGCCCAGCACAGACACAUCCUGCCACCCUCCAGACGCACUCCAGAGAGAGUCCCACACCAGCCCCACAGACUGAGGCCGGGAUACGAGUACGCUCCCCCGAUCCACGUCCCCCCUCAGCCUGUGGUGCAGCAGCCGCGCUACCUAGCCGAGGGAACAGACUGGGACCUGAGCGUAGAUGCCGGGCUGCCUCCUCAGUAUCACAUCCACCCGCUGCCGCAGCACUAUCAGCACUACCUGACCUCUCCCAGAAUGCACCACUUCCCCCGGAACAACGCCUCGACACAAGUGGUUGUUCAUGAGAUCAGAAACUACCCGUAUCCUCAGCUGCACCUCCUCGCUCUGCAGAGCCUCAACCCCUCCCGCCACGCGUCUGCUGUACGAGAGAGCUACGAGGAGCUGCUGCAGCUGGAAGACCGACUCGGCAGCGUCAACCGAGGAGCCGUGCAGACCACCAUCGAGAGAUUCACCUUCCCCCACAAGUACAAGAAGAGAAUACCCCAAGACCUGAAAAUGUGUUUGGACGAUGAAGAAUUGGACACUGAUGAGAAGUGCACUAUUUGUUUGUCAAUGCUGGAGGAUGGAGAGGAUGUGAGGAGAUUACCCUGCAUGCAUCUCUUCCACCAGGCCUGUGUGGACCAGUGGUUGGCUACGAGCAGGAAGUGCCCGAUUUGCAGAGUGGACAUUGAGACCCAGCUGACGCCCGACAGUUGAUAACUCUCCAACUGCUCAGCUGUUUUCUCGGUCGUGUAAUUCUCCGUUGCCUCCUGCGGGGGACGCUCUGCCAAAACCUUUCCUCCCUCCCUCUGCAUCAGUCUUUGAGCCUGCCUUCGGAGACCGCAGUGACGGAGGGGUGAACAUAAGCACACUAACUACAACACAACGGGAUGGGCGUGGUCAGUCGUUGAGGGGCGGGGCUAGGGGGCGGAGCAGGUCAGAUGAUGGACAGAUGUGCUGAGGCUCUUGAUUAUUAUGAACACUACCUUUGCUAUCAAAUGCCCUGCUCUCGUGCUUUUUAAAGGUGCACUGUGUAACCUUUCUACUGGGAGGUCCAGUGCCUGCUUUGGCUGGAAUGUUCCGCAGUACAGUGUUGAACUUACCUUGCAUUUAUUCAAUUAAAGGUGUUUUUAUAUCUUAGAAACUACCUUAAAACAUGCGUUCUUACUAUGAGCAUGGUCGCCUUAGCCUAGUGGCAUCACCUGCUUUUCUCUAUGGAGUUUAAUGCUAUUUUCUUUGCAAAUAAUUAACAUCUCUAUGGAGUGAAGCAGGUGGCAGACCCUUUACCAUAAAAGUUGCGCAGUGUACCUUUAAGGCCAUUUCUCUGCCACUAACCUUGACCCACUGAGCCUGUGAAACUCCUUUAAGCUGCACUCUGCCUGAGCCCUCAGCACAUCUGUACAGACGUAUAUCCAAUGAUUAGCAUGAGGUUGUUUGGUGUGACUCUUGUAGCUGAACGCUCGUGGUGUUAUGGACUAUAGUACUGACUAAGUAUUUACUGAGUAACAGUGUUGUGUAGCAAGCAAAUGCCUUUGCUUUUCCGUUCGUGAUAAAAUAAUACUAAAGGGUGACAUACAGCUGUAACAGUGACAAUAUUCAGUGUGGUGAAUCUUCAUAGGCAAUGAGGAAAACGUUAUAUUUUAAAAAAAGCCAAAAAUCCCUCGUUGUCGUCUAUAACAUGGUGUUUGGAUUUCCAGUUAGUAGCCGUGAGAGGUGAUGCUAACGCGCUAACUGCAGGCAUGGCUUCAGUGUUGUGUCGUAGAUGGGCCUUGCUGAGCUAGAGCAGAGGCCAGAUGUGCAUGCUGUACGGCAGGCUUGGGCUGUGUUGUCAUUGUGGAGCAGUAGAAACAGGGACUAUGUCUGUGCAUGUGAACCAUAUAAAAGUGAAGAGCUCAUCCAUUCACAGAGAAGGACCAGAAUGCACCUGCCUCCCCUCAGUCCCCCUCCCUCCUCCAGACUCAUCUCCAGAUAGAAGUGGGUGAUAUUGAGAAAAAAUUUGAUAUUUUUUGGCUUUAUUUCAACAAUAUUCAGGCGAUGUUUUAACAAUGCAUCAGGAAUGUGCUAAAAUGUGCCUGUAACUUAGUCACAUAAAAGGAGAAAUGUUACCUUAUUUGGGAGAUUUUCUGUCCCUUACUACUUCAUUAAUUAUAUACAAUUUACUCAAUAUACUAUUUUUGUAUAUCUAGGAAACAACAAUUGCGAUAUUAUCAAGUUUUCGAUAUAUCUCCCACCUCUGCCUCCAGACUAACGUUGCUCUGAGACGCAGAUCUGAUGCCACACUGCGAAAAGCAAAAUCUACCUAUGUUAAAAUGACCUGAAUUAAGAAACUGUAUCUUUAUUUGAGUAAAUUAAGAACACUUUGCACUUAAAGUUUCUCUGUGUAACUUUUCUGAUGGAGUUUUCCACCAGCUUGUUUCCAUGGAGAUUGUGCUGCUUUGCCUGUAAUGUUCCACAAUUACUAUAUAACUAUAUCCAUCUUGCUUUUUUUUUUUUUAAUUACAGAUGUUUAGCUUGCUUCUCUCCAUAGAGAUAGACAAGUUUUAAUGUUAUACGGUGGAGCAUCCUAGGCAAACGUGUAACAUCUCCAUGGAGACAAGCAAAGUUACAUAGUGCACCUUUAAAAUUUGUAAUAAUUUGUAACUUGAAUGAACAAAAUACCUUUCAUGAUAAUUUAAAGUGUCAAAUCAAAUCUACUCAAAUCAAGUCAAAAGUUUUUUAUUUAAGUAAUUUUAAUUUGCCUAGAUACUACUUUUUGCAGUGCAGUGGAGCUCCUCUCUUAAAUAUGAGAGCUCGGGUUUGCUCUGCGGCUCACAGCAACUCCUCCUUGGCCUCUUCAUGGCAUUAUCGCCAUGGCGACGCAGUGCCAGUGUCCUGCCAUCACAACAGAUCAAAGCCGACAUUUCUAUAUUACCAGAACCUUAUUGCCUAUUGAACAAGCAAGCACAUGUAAUUUCUAUGAACCGCGAAUCGCCUCUGUGUAUCCUUUUCAUUUCAAUUUUUGGUACCACUUUUUAAUUAUUACACCUUAAUUAGUGUUAAGAAAGCAUGAACACAAACUUAAUCCAUAAUGAACAAAUGGGUUAUCAAGUUUAAUUACUUUAAAGUAUAUAGUAUUUAGUGAUGGGCAACACUAAUGAAAAAAAAUAAAUAAAUAAAUAAAACUUUAAUUCACUAUAAAGAAUUUUACCUUGCCAUAUAUGAAGCCAUCAUUAUCUUUGCCCACCCCAACUUGAUCUGGUCUAAAAAUACAUUUAAAUAAACAUUAUACUUUUUAAAAUGCCCGAAACUGAUUAAAAAAACUGCAGUUUUCAAUAUUUUUUGCCCAAGAAUCGAUACUUUUCCAAUACCUCAGUCAGUAUCAAUAUAUCAACAUUUGUCAAUCUGCCUUUUACUGGUAUCACUGUUAAUAAACUAUUUGUUCAUUAUUAUUUAGGUCUUUGCUCAUGCUUUAUUAAGGCUAUUAAAAGUGUAAUUAUUAUAAAAUGUUACCUAAUAUUGGUUGCUCCCACUGUGUCUGGUGUUACAGGGAAAAACUUGUCUGCCUGUGAUCUGUGCUAGAAUACGUAUGAUUGUCUCCCCUCUUAUGGUAGUAGUAUGGUACUGCUAGAACAACUGUGAAAUGUUCAGUGCUAGAAGCCGUUUUCUAUUUAUCAUGCAUGAACCAUGUUGGCGUAGUUCGCUUGAAGAGUGUGAAAGGGAGAAAAAGCCAUCCAUUUGAAAAAUACCAAACAAACGUUCUUAACAUUUAUUUUAAAACAUGAUUUCAAUGUCUUUUUGCCACUUUUUUGUUUCUUCUUUUCUUUUUUUAUGUGUAAUGUCUGUUUUAUUUUUUGCUCACAUGCCAAUCUGGACAUGGUACUAGAUGCCGAGUCCCUGUCCGUUUAACCAUAGUGAAGAAAACGUUGCAAUGCUGCAGAUUAAUGUUGUUCUAAUGUAGCUUGUGUUUGUAAUGCACUAUAAUAUGGAGUUGCCUGAUUUGGGUUUGGUGGCGUGGGUCCCUCUUGUCCUGGGGUUUGUGUUAUGUUCAGUUAAAGUAUUUUCAUGCUUUCUUGUGUAUUUUUGGAGGGUGACUUGACUGUUUGUGUUGCUUUUUCUUUUGUAUUAAACCUCCAUCCAAAAAAUUACAGAUGGAUGACAAUGGAGGUUUGCUAGUUCACAUAGAAUGCUGUGAUUAAAGAUGCCUUAAGUAUUUAACAAUCAUUAUUUAUUACUAACUGUAGCUAGCUAGCUAUUGUGGUGGAAUAUUUAAUGUCUCUAUCUCAUAACUUUGCAAUUUAAUCAAUAUAUUUAUUUAGAAUAACACAAAAUAUAAAAAAAACUAUACCUCAUUAUGCAUUGGUCGGUGGGGAUGCUUUUGCAUGCCGUUUGUGUUUUCUUUUCCGAGGAGAAAAAAGAAACUUGUGGAGAAUGAAUCAGGUUUGUUCCUGGUUCAUUGUCUCUUCAGCACGGUGCUGUUGAUUCUGGAUGACAUUCCAUUCAUUCACUUUUUAAUUACAUCGCUGCUUUAAAGUGCAUAAGACAGGUUAGACGCAACAUUAACAUAAUUAGAUUUAAGAUUUAUGCUGAACCUUUUUAACCAAAUUUCCCCUCCAAAAUAUAUGCCAAUUUUGUUACGUGAAUGCUUAAAAGGUGUGUUAAAUGUGUGUGUCAUAUAGAUUGAAUUAUGUGUUUCCUAGCAUGUUUUGACUUAAUUUUUCUGUUUACCUUAUCUUCUUUAAAACUAAGAUAAAAUUAACCACAGGUACUAUCCUACCAAACCAAGUAAUAAUAAUGAGAAAACAUACAAACCUGUCCUAUGCACUUUCCCCAAAGCAGAGUACGGGCUCUGAGCUCCUCAUGUGGCUCUAUAAUUCACAUGCUGACAUUUACAUUAUUUACUGUUACCGCGUUUUAUUUCGUUUGUUUUUAGUACUCAAUCAUAUCUAAAUAUCAAUUGAAUUCUUCUUGCUUUAGGUCCCACACAAUGUGCUGUAUAAUCUGUUCUUAUGUAUUGCUGGCAAAUGCUUUGUGGGACUUUGGAAAGUAUCUAACUUGCUAACUUGAGCCAUUGAUUAUUGAGCAAAUUUCUGGUGUACUGUGGUUAUACAAUAUAGAUAGCGUGUUUUCCACUUGGGUAUAAUAAGCUACUGUUUUGGUGUGCAUUUCUUAUUAAUACUCUACUAAUCCUGCAAAACGUGUAGAAUUGGAAUGACGCUGGCUGGUCUUACUUUCUCUGAUUUGAUUUUGUGCUCUCACUGGCCUUACCCAUGUCCUCCACAGUGUAACCAUAGCUCCAGAGCAUCCUGGACAGUAGCCAUAGUAUUAACUCAAGCUGAUGAACCGGAAUGAACAGUAGAACUUAAAGCACAAGCUUUUUAAUGCAUGUCCUUCUCAGGUUUUCCUAUGUGUAUGUGGGAGUAGCUCUGUAGACGUGUUUCAUAUGAUGCUGUACCUUCUUGAAUAUUUCAGAUGUUUCUUUGCUGCUGAAAAAAUGUUGAUUAUUAAAGGUGCAUUGUGUAACUUUUCUGGUUGGGGGUCUGUCACCUGCUUGUUUCUAUGGAUCUCAUUGCUCUGCUUGAAAUGUUCCACAGUAUGACAUGAAACAGCUCUACCUUACAGUUAUUCUAUUAUAGGUGGAUUUUUUGCUCAAAAAUACUUUAUAAAACAGAUAUUCUCUCUACAGAUCUGACUUGUAACUUGGUCUAGUUUGGUCACCAUAAAAAGAGAAAGGUUUAAUGCCAUACUGUGAUAUAUUCCAGACAAAGCAACAACAUCUCCAUGGAGGAAAGCAUCUGAUGGACCCUCCACCAGAAAAAUUACACAAUGUAGCUUUAACCUGCCAGUGAAAAGGGAAGUGGCCAUCUUUGUACAACACACUGCUGUUUUGCUGUAACCGCGCAAUGUUUUAUGAUCUUGAGUAUUUUAUAGAGAAGUAGAAGUAUGUAUCAAUAAUAUGAAAGCAAUAGCUAAAUCAUAAUGAAGAAUAACAUGAUCAGUGAAUAUUGUGGAAAAUCUUUAGAUUCACUCUGGGUGGAUUUUGUACUGUAUUUAUUACUAAUGAUGAUGCAAAAAGUUGCAUAGCUUAAUCCAAACUGUUCUGUCUCUUUUUUAUUUAUUGUCUUGUAUAUGAUCUUUUUGUAUGUGUUUUUCAAAUAAACUGCCUAAAAUGCUGACAACUAA